AUGCGGAGCGCGACAGAACUUCUCAACGACAGGGAGUUGUUCCCGGUGGAGGAGUGGUGUGACCGUCCAAGCUCUCAAUAUGAUUGUCUUUAUGGCUGUUGUCAGCACACCCAGUCCUGCCCAUCUGUAUUCGUGUAUUCUCCUGAAGAGAUGAAGAUAGCUGCUGAAUUUGAUUUUGUCCCGGAUUUUUUGAAAGAAAAGUCCAAGCGGGAAACCAUUGAGAAUCUUGAUGAUGAGGAUAGAUCGUCUGAGUACUGCGAUGGGACCAAUGAUCAACAUGCCUGCUCUGACAAACAUCUUGCCGAGUUCGACCCGAAGCAACAACAAUCGCAAACGACAGCAGAAGAUCUGACGAGUGUCAUGCAAGAAUUGCGUCAACGAUUCGACAAUCGGGUGAACCAGAACCCUGUUCCGGCUCAAUCUGUGCAGAAGGAGGAGCAGAAAGAACAGCUCAACUAUCGUCAGAGGAAGUUUGCUUUCCUGGAGAAACAUGGCCACGCAUUCUGGGCCCAGAGCGCGCAUCACCUUCUCAGCGAUAGGAAGAAACCACCAUCGCGUAGAUCCUGUCGUCGUGUAGGGCCGCAAUAUGACUGCUUUUCUGGAUGUCAUCACACCAAAUCCUGCCCAGCUCUCUUCGAGUAUUCCCCUGAAGUGAUGAAGUUUAUUGCUGACUGCGAAGCUAGAACUGGCCACAGACACACUGCCUUCUCGAUUAAAAAGUCCAAGUUGGAAACCUUGGAGGAGUGUGACGAAGAGGAAGAGGAACAACUGUCAUCGUAUUCUGUUGAGGCCAUUGGCCGUCCUUCCUGCUCUAGCCGCCGACUCAUUGUCAGGUCCUACGACUACCUCACUCCUACUUCACUUGAUGCUGUGACCGCUAACUUUAGGAGCGACCAGGCAGCCAGCAAUUUGACAUCAUCUUCUGACGACUACUUUGGCCAGUCAUCUGAAAACUUUAGUCUUGAGCCUCUGCUAGGUUCACUUGAGGAUAUCAAUCCUACAAAGACUUGCCUUCCGACUACCAUGCAUAAAAAGUUUUACUUCUUGGAAAAGGACUUCUUGGAAAAAGAGUGGUGUAGUUCUGUUGCUGAUGUUACUUGGUCUUGGGAACGUCGUGUGCAUACAAUGGAAGAGCUUGAUCCGGAAAAAUGGCAAUUGUUGGAAUACUCUGCUAGACCCUUUGCCUCAUUCGACGACUUCUUCACUAAAUCGGCGUCUACCGGAAAUGUCAACUCCACGAGCACUCAAUCAGUUCCAACAAUAACUAGAUCGGCGUCUACUGGCCUUUUGGGAACACGCACACUUGAAGAUUCCUACUAUUCCCCUUCCAAAGCUCUAAAGCUAUGUAAAAAAGUAAGGAAGUUGGCUUUGCAAGCCAAAAGUGCGGACGCCUUCUUCAAAUUGAUUCCAGACGAUUUGCUCGACAGCUUCUUGUCCGACUACAACAUGUUGGUGCGCCAAAAAAUGUUGGAAGAGCAAUGUGAUAACUAAUGAAAACAGCCCUAAAAAGCUGAUGAUUGAGUGAGAGAUGACAAUAAGAAUGGGUGUGAAU